AUGCCGCACCUCUUGGAGCGCUGCACGGACGAGUUUUUGGAAGUCCUCGAAGGGACGUCCACUCAAGACCAGUCCAUCGACACCUUAGCUAUAUGCAAAACCUUCGCGGCGAACACGAUGCUUCGGACGGGAUUCAGCUUCAGGCUGGACGAGCAAGACAAAACCGGAAGAGAAGUCAGGAACUACAAACCCUUUGUCAUUUUUUUUUUUUUUUUUUUUAUUUUUCACCCAGAUUGUUUCCCAGAAUUUACUCUCAUCAUCCAACUCGUGCUGAGGGUGAUUGAGAGCGUCCAGAAGCCCGGGGUACGGAAGCUUCAAGAUGCCAUUGCUCCGAUUAUCUACGCUCGAAAAUGGGAUGCCUCGGAACACAAGAAACGGGACUUGUUGCAGUUUCUGAUCGACGCAAUGGACAGGAACUGCGGAGGUUCCAAUGCAGCUGGUGUCCCCAUUGGAACAGAUGAGGGGAAAAUAACGCCGCCAAAACAAUCCUUCCUGAGUCCUGUGGAAGUAGAGAGCAACGCUUCCCUCGUUCUGACAGCAGGAACCGUGAACCUGAGCAAGUACUCGUCCUGGCUACUGUACCUUCUAGCAAGACAUCAAGACGUCCAAGAAAAAGUCCGGGACGAAAUUAAAACCAUACUUCAAAAUGGGGGUGUCCUCAACUACGACGCCGUGCCAAAGAUGCAAUAUUUGGAACAAGUGUUUCUCGAAUCUAUGCGGACACAAUCGUCUCCCUCAGGAUUUGUUACUCGUCUCGUAGAAAAGGAACUCGAUGCUGGCUGCGUCAAAAUUCCUGAAGGCGUGAGCAUCGUUAUCCCAACCUACCUCCUUCAUCACGACCCAGAACUAUGGCAAGACCCAGGCAGCUUCGAUCCCGAAAGAUUUCGUCCGGAAACUUUCGAGCCUGGGGAUGCGGGUGCGUACCAGCCUUUCGGCGCCGGACCCCGAAACUGUUUCGCUAUGGCGUUCUCAAAGAAAGUCAUCAUGCUCCUGGCGGUUAAGGUGGUCGCCAAGUACAGGCUCGUUCUCAGCCGGGCCGAUCACGAGGCUGACCUGACUGAUGACGAUAUGGAAGAUUUGCUCGUCUUGGGUCACGUAAAGCGAGGGCUUUAUGCGAAGUUUGAGAAGUACUGA